AACAUUUAAAACCCAAUGUAUAAGUUGUAUAAAGAGGUGUUUUUUUUUUUUUUUUUAAAGUAUUUUUCUUGUGUUGUAUGUCAUUGGUUGAUUUCGUCUCUCCAUAUUAUAGCUAAACUAUCGAAAAAGUCUCGGAAAAAGGCGGGUCCAAGUCCAGGGCUGUGGAGUAAUUACGAUGAAAGCUUCGAUGACCAAUAUACUGUCCCGAAGACGAAGAACGUUUUGGAUGUCGAUCAAACUAGCACUGGCAGUACUACUCCCAGGAAGAGAGGCGGCCGGCUGUCUAAACAAAGCUCGGAGCACUCGAGCAUAGAUAUGAAGGGCCUGAGUCGCCCAGGAGAUGGCAAGAAACACAAGACGAAACAUGCGGGGGAUAAGUCCUCCGUCACAUUGUUCAGCUUAAGGAGAAUGGAGGAGUCCGAAAUGGACUAUGGUCAGAAAGGACUCGACCAACUGACCAGAUCGUACCUGGACAGAAAUAAGAUUAAAGUGACGAAAGAUAUUAACGCAUUUGAAGCUUCUUCGUGGGCCAAGAUGCGUUGGGACGAUGAGGUGAACGAGGAAACAAUAAUACAAAACAGAAUGGACUUUACACCUGCCAUGGUGUCCAGGAGAGGAGAAACUCCGGCAGAGCCAAUGAAGUCGGCGGCUGAAGAUGAACAGGACCACGAGGACUCUCGCUUGGACAGAAACGUGGAGGAGCGUUUGAUCCGAGCUGCCAGUAAACUUUCUUCGGGCACUGAUCUACUGGCGGAAAAGCGUUCGAAAAUGACGAAGCGAGUGUCUUCUAUCACCAUCAAAGCGACCCUCAGUGGAGACGCACAUAAAACGAGUCAAUCGGAAUACAGACUAAAGAAAGAUGACAAAAAGAAAGAUAAAGACGAUCAAGGGCAAACAGAUGAUGGUCCAAUGAAUUUACUAAAGGCCUUCAUGAUAAGAAGAGAAUCCGUUGUAAAUAAAAGCAAAGAAUUCGAGUCGACACAGUCAAGAAAAGACUCCUUGAUAGUCAAAACAGGCAAACGGUACUCCAAAGAAACCGAUGACUUAUACAAUGAGGAUGGCACGUCGAUCCCGUCAGUCAGCAAUAUUCCAGAUUCCAUCAAAGAGGUGAUAAGCUCAUCGUACCAGCAAGCAGAUGAGGCGUCAAUGAGGCGUGACACCAAGACGCAGAUGCUUUUGGAGAAAAGAAAGAUUGCCAUGGAAGCAGUUAAACAGGAUAAAAGAAUGGAGAAGAAGAAGAAGAAAGAACUGAAAACAGCUGCUGCAAUCCUGGCCUCAAAAGCAAAGAAAAGUGAAGAAGCCAAGAAAUACGGAGGAACUAUACAUUCAUCGGAUGAAAGUCUCCAACGCAAAGUGGACGACACAGUAUCUUCAGAGAUAAGCUUAAAAGAAAUGACUCGUGUCACUUCCAGCUUGACAAAACAGCCUGAAAAGGACGAUGAAGAUGACGACGAGGAGUUCGAGUACGACAUGGCCAUGUUUCUAAGGAAGAUGAGUGAACAGACAAAAGACUCAAAGAUAAGGAUCUUUCCAGAACCGAUGCAGAAGGAAGCAGAAAAACCAAAGGAUUUCAAAUCAGGUCGAAUAAGGCAGUCCAUAGGAGCAAUUGAAGCAGCUUUGAUUCAGGCCCAAGUUAUUGGUAAAAUAGACCGUGCGGGAGCUGAGCAGGCCGAGGACGAUGAGGAGGAGGAGCCCGAGCCGGAGACGUUCAAAAUAGUCGACUUCCGAGGUUUAAUGCGACAUCCUGAGGUGCUUCAGUCUAUUGACAAAAAGGAGUCUAGGAGAAGGGCGGAAAAGAUGCAGCCUAUGAGGACCUUCAAAGAAAAGCCAAAAGACAAAAGGUUGACCUCAAUAGUCACCAAGGAGGCAGUAAUUCCUGCCAAAGUAAUUGGGAAAAUAGACAAAGUCGACGACGAACGGUGUGAAGAAGAGAAGGAUCAGGAGGCGGAGUCAGAGCCAGAACUGUUUCAUAUUGUAGGCAGCAAAGAGUUAAUUCGUCAACCAGAUGUUGAUAAAAUACAGAUCGAACAGAAAAGAGUGUCCGCAAUCAGCAGCGAUGAAGAAUUGACUCGGGCCAAGGUAACCGUCGAAGUCGGAAUUGAGCAACCCGAAGAAGAGGAAGAGAAUGAAGAUGAAGAUCAGGAGGUGGAGGGAGAGCCAAAGAGAGACACGAAGAGGAUUCAGCCUCGCAAGACUGCGCAAGACAAAUCCAAAGAGAAAGGCAUGCCCUUCAUCAGCCAAGCUGAAGCCACGUUCAAAGAGUCGCACUUUAUUUCCAUUGAUCCCGCCGAGACAAAGACAAAAGAGAAGACCUUUAAGCCCAUGGAUAGCCUGGGAAUGAGGCAGACAGAGGACAGCUUAGAGGCUAUCGAUAAAUCAGAGAGGGCAAGCAGGGAGGACAGGUUCCAGACUCUCAAACGAAAAGAGUCUCUUCUCGCUGGCCCUGUUCAUGACUCUCGAGACGCUCAGCAAGUUGUCCAAAAAUCCGAAAGUCAUUUCUCGGCGACAUCCUUAGACACAAGAAGCAUCCAUGGCCUGGUUCAUUUAUCAGACAGCCAAGUAUCUCCAUCACGAGAACAAACGUUUGAGACUUUGGAUCAAGUGACUGCUCUGCCUAGAACGGACAAAUUUGAGCCCCUUCACUCCGUAGAAUCAUCCGAAAGAGUCAAACUAAGAACUAUAGAUUCUAAAGAGUCGGUAGAUAGAAUAGGAGAACUGCAUUCGGUUGACUCUAAAGAAGCUUUUGUAAGGGCAGAUGCAUUGCAUCGCAUCAGCUCAAAAGGAGCCGUAGAUAUUUCUGGCUACCAAGCCAUAGAUAUGAAAAAGACUGAUAAAGAUUCAGCCGGAGUCCAAGCUAUCGUUGCUAAGGAGACACAGAUCUUCGCCAACAAUGUUCCCAUAUUAGACUCAAGGGAGGCGAAGCUUCAGGCAGAAUUGGCGCGUAAAAUGCAAGCGAAAUCAAGAGAUAACGUCUCCACCUAUCAGUCUGGAGUAUUUGAGAGGACUCGAGUCCGUCGUGAGGAGGACAAGGACAGUACGUCUGCCAGCUUUGAGCAGCAACCCAGCAGCAUUGAAAACAAGAUCCACGCAGCCAGAAGCAAAACCUUUUCGCAGACUCUCCUGACCACAGAGGCCGCGGACUCCCAUGACAUAACCUUCACGAGCGACUACAUUGAUACCUAUUUCGGGACACGCUACUCUGGCUCCAUUUCCGACGAUGUCAAGGCCAGCACCCGUGCACUCGGCUUGUUCGGUCACAGAGGUCCCUACAGUAGUCAUGAGCUCGCGGAGCUGCAGUACUAUAUGGCGGCAUCAGAGGCCCUAUUUCUACGGGAGAGAAUCACUACAGAGUCCAGACCUUUAACUGUCCAGCCCUAUACUAAAAUGUUCCUGUCUAAAAUGACGCUAUCGACCCCCGAAACUAUUUGUGAGGAGCUGACACUGCCAUUGUCUCAUUCUCUGCUUGACGACAAAGAGUACAGCAUCGCUGUCGACGACCAGCGAAUCCAACAGACCCGCCAUCACCACGAGGUCGAGAGCCGAUACCACCGAGUCACGGAGCUCAUGAACGACGAGUUUGACUUGGACAUUAGGAGGCCCUCCCUCAACGCAGAAUGGUUCCAGAAAUUGAACCUGGACAUUGCCCGGAUGAACGUUCUCAGCAGACUUCUGCGCGACCCGAGGCGACUUCAUCAGAUGAAGAACCCAGUGUUACCGCCCCUGAAACAGAGGCGCCGCAAUUUAGCGAUAUCGGAAUUUACUGGGUGGGACAUUGAUCGACCCAUUACGCUUCACCUGAUGAACAGACUGCCGAACGAUGGGGACAACGCAAAGGCUUUACUUAAGAUGAUGACGAAAGAGACAGAGAAAGAGGAAGAAUUCGCGAAGGUCCAAAAACGUUUGAGCUUUGCCACCAGCCCUAAAGAGGACGGCAAAGCUUACGCCAACAGGCAAGGGUUGGAUGAGCUCUUCGAGUUUCUGCUGUACAGUCUACUAAAAUUCCAGCCAGAUAAUGCCCUCGAUUACCUCAUCGACAUCACUCGGCAGAUCAAACGGCAGAUGAAAAUUCGCUACGACGCGGCUCGCGUCAUGAUGUUAGCCAAGACCAACAGCUUCAGUAAAGAGUCUCACCACGGCAGCUCCUCCACCAGCAGCAGCUCAUAUUCCUCCUCUUCCUCCUCCUCCUCCUACGAGGAGGACGAGUCAGAUUCCAGCUCCUCAUCGAUUCCUCUUUCCCCAACUUCAUUCAUGCCUAGCUCAUCAUCGACAUCAUCGACAGUGUCGUCGUCGUCCUCGUCGUCAUCAUCAUCGCACAAGGAAGUUUCUCCCUAAGCUCUCCAAGUGGACCGGUCCCAAGCUGUGUAUUGUGCAGAGUCGAGUGUUUAUUGCAGUUCUUGUCUGACAAAGGGACAUCAUCAAACACGACAGCAGUCUGCAUAGAUUCGUCUCCCUUCUUGAAUAGAAUGCUCGCUGCCAACUGACCAAGAAACUAUUUGCUAUUGUUUAAUCUGUUAUUUCCCUUUAUUGAACAUAUAUUAAAUUUAUCUGCAGCGAUUUUUAAAACGCAUAUCCAUAUAUAUUUUAUAAAUUGCCAUAAUAGGACAAUGUGAUUGGAAUCAAUAUAAUUAAUACAUAUAAUAGGCAUUUGAAUAAAAUUUAUGAUUUGAAUCAACCUUUUUAAAAUUAUUACCAGACCAUUAUAAUUCGGGCAACUUUGCUUUUUCCUCUUAAUAAGUAUUCAUUUUUAACCAUUACAUUUUAUUAUGCUACACUCAUUAAUAGCAGAAGGGCGAUGUGUAUAAUGGCUCGUAUUGUACAUUGUAAGAUAUUGGCUUAUUAAAUGUUGACUAGAGCCAAUAUCAUUGCUGUUAGGGCGAGUCUAAAACAGUCUUAAAUGUACAUAAAUAUGUCAUUAAAAAACAGACUAUAAUGUAAUUUGCAGAUUUUUUAUGACGAUGACGCAAUUCAUAUAAUUUUAUAACUUAUUUAUACGUAAUUUAUUGACUUUCAUAAUUAUGACGUAAUUUAUUGACCUUCAUAACUAUGACGUAAUUUAUUAACCUUCAUAACUAUGACGUAAUUUAUUGACCUUCAUAACUAUUACGUAAUUUAUUGACUUUCAUAACUAUGACGUAAUUCCUGAAGUUUCAUUAGUAUGACGUAAUUCAUAGACUUUCAUUAAUUAAAAGACUAUCAUGAAUGUGGUGCAAAUGAUAUAUUUUCAUGACUAUGACUUUACAUGUCUCCAUGACUUUGACGUGUUUGACAGACUCUCAUGACGCAAAUGACUGAAUGUGAUGACUACGUCAUAAUUGAAAGAUUUUCAUGACCCAUGACUUGACAAAUUUGACUGAAACAACUAUGAUGUUACUAGCGGACAAACAUAAAUGUAUUUGAUUGACCGACCUGACUAUGACGUAACUAACAGAAAUAUGACGUAACCGACGGGACUAUGAUCUAACCGACAGAAUUAUGACGUAACUGAUAAGACUUACAUAAUUUUUGACAAAAUCCUUUUUUUUUUUAUUUUGAAACAGUUUUGAUACUUAAUUUAUUCCAUAUUAGCUCAACUCCCCUAAUAUGUUUCUUUUGUAAGUUGUUUUUUUUAUAUACACUUUUUAUUAAUAUACAUUUUUUUUUACAUUGUAUAAAUUUUUUUUAAAACAAAUAAAAUGUA